AUGUAAUAUUUAAAAACGCAAUCGAUAUUAUUCCUUUAUGGAUUAUUUGAUAGCAUAUAAUUCAUGAAAGGAAUUCGAAGGUAUGCUUUUGAUGUAAAAGAAAAACAUUGCAUGGAUAUUUAAAAAUAUUUAAAACAAGCAAUAGAAUUUGCAGGCAUAAAAUUAGCUAUUGUUUUUAUAAUUGACUUAUUUGUAUAUUUGUUAGGAUUAUUAUCGAUCCCUAAACCAAUUAUAUUGCUGAUCUAAAUUAUACCUAUACUCUUGUACCUUGAAAACAAUAUUAGAUAAUUGGUAUAUGUUGGAAAGAUUACUUAAACAGCAAUUUAAUAUGAAACAAAUGUGAAAUAGAAUAGACAAUUUUUUAUAUAUAAUUUAAAAAGAGACAAUAAUGUAGGAUUCUCAACUAUAAUUGAUCAAAUUAAAUUAACAUUGUAGGCUUUACUUUUCAGUUUUUUGUUAUUGUUACAAACAUCAUUAUUUGAUAUUUUGGUUGUAAUUUUACCAGAAAAUACAUUAAUAUCAUUAAUAAUAAAACACGUCGAUUAUUUACUUUAUGCAGUAUAUAUAACAACUGGAUAUAUAUCAUUAAAGAUUCCAUAUUAGGAUCAUUUGCCUUAUUAUUUACAUACAUAUAUUGGAUAUUUAAUAGGUUAUUCAGUCAUCUUAUCAUAUUUUUUAAAUGUCUAUUUUAGUUUUCCUAAAUUAGGAAUAAUAUUUUCCAUUUUAUCUCCAAUAUGUUUAAUGAGAGAAUUUUAGAUUGAUGCACCCUUGAUUACAGAAAUAGAAGAGAAAUCAUUUCGUGAAAGUAUAAAAUAAAGUAAAUUUAGAUUUUGAUCUUUUGAUAAAGAAUUUCUUAGGUGAAGAAGGUAUACCAAGAACAUCAUAUGAACAUCAUUUGAAAAUGGCAGAAAAUGAUAAAGUCUAUAAGACAAAAUUAAGAAAAACAAUAGGAUGGUUUACAUUAGCAAGAGGAUUAAGACCAUAUGUUAUUAAUCCAUUGAAUAAAGCAAUUAUAAUUUUUAUGAAGAUUUAUAAUUCUUUGUUAGGAAUUGUAUGA